CUUAUAGAAAACACAGAAGAGGAACAGAACACUGUAAGAUGUUUUCUCCUUUCACAGCUUAUCGAUAAAAAUGAGAUUUUUGUUUUGUGCAUCUGUGUUUGAGCACCGAGAAAACUGAGAGAAAUAAAUCAAACAAAGGCCUCCAGAUCUACUUUGUAGCUUUCUGGCUAAUGUUUUUCCCCUGAUACCGGUGAUGGAAAACCAAAGCAGAAUCAGUGACUUGCUUCAAAGUGCCCUUGACGAUCUUCUUGAGGAAGACUUCAAAAGAUUUAAAGACAAACUAUCACAUUCUGGCUUUAAGGGAAAAGGUACCAUCCCCCGAGGUCGGCUGGAGAAGGCUGACAGGAUAGAUACUAAGAACAUCCUGAUCGCAUUCUAUGGUGGAGAUGCUGCAGUUGAUGUAACCAUAGAAAUUUUAGUUAAGAUCAAUGUCAGAGGGUCUGCUGAUAACCUCAAAAAAUACAGAGAGAAAGUUUUUUCAAAGGAAAAGGAGAAAACAGAAAAAUUUGAAGAAGAAACAAGAGGGAACAACAGACGAUGGGAUCUGGGACCAUGUACAGAGAUACACCACGCCAAGGAGCAGGGAGAAGAUCAUCCUUCUCUGAAAGGCUCUGAUUACCAGAAGAAAUAUAGAGAACAGAUACAAGAAGAAUACCAAAUAAUAGAAGACAGGAAUGCUCGCCUGGGUGAAUAUGUAAGUCUAAACAACAGAUACACAAAACUGCUUAUUGUAAAGGAACAUCGGCAGCGGGAGGAGAAAGAACAUGAAAUAAUCACCAGAGGAAGGAGACAUGCAGAGUUGAUGGCUCAACAAACCAGUCACACUAAGAUUAGUGUUUUAUUUGACCCUGGUAGAAAUCGGGAAAUCCCAAGAACUGUUGUGCUGCAGGGAGCUGCUGGAAUUGGGAAAACAAUGACAGCAAGAAAGAUCAUGUUGGACUGGGCAGCUGGAAAACUCUAUCAGAAAAAGUUUGAUUAUGUUUUCUAUAUAAAUUGCAGAGAAAUAAACCGUGUUAAUGCGGAACAAAGUGUUGCUGAUUUGCUUUUAAACAAUUUUCCUGAUGGAGUAAGACCAAUUAAAGAAAUCUUUAAGAAGCCAGAAAAACUCCUGUUUGUAAUAGAUGGUUUUGAUGAAUUGAGUUCCUUGCUAAAUAUUGAUGAAGUUAGUCUGUGCACUGACCCAUUUGAGAAGAAGCCAGUGGAAACCAUCCUGUGCAGUUUACUGAGAAAGAAAGUUCUUCAAAAAUCCUUCUUACUAAUCACUACAAGACCAACUGCUCUGGAGAAACUAAAGCAGAAUUUGAGGUUUCCAUGUUAUGCAGAAAUAAUGGGAUUUUCUGGAGAAGACAGGAAAGAAUAUUUUCAUAAAUUCUUUUGUGAUGAAAAUAAAGCAACACAAGCCUUUAAUUUUGUCAAAGAAAAUGAAAUGCUCUUCACCAUGUGCUUUGUCCCCAUUGUGUGUUGGAUCAUCUGCACGGUUAUGAAGCAACAGAUGGAAAGAGGGGAAGAUCUUGCACAAACUUCAAAAACAACCACCUCGGUAUAUUUGCUCUUUCUGACCAAUUUACUAACUGGUCAUCUCACUGGCUCAAUACAAAAAUCUAAAUCUAACCUGUGGAAGCUUUGCUCAUUGGCUGCAGAUGGAAUUUUAAAACAGAAAAUACUGUUUGAAGAAGGUGACCUGAAGGAACACAAUUUAUCCUUGUCUAACAUUCAGUCUCUCUUUCUGAUUAAAAGUAUUUUUCAAAAAGAUACUGAAUGUGAGAGUGUCUACAGCUUCAUUCACUUGACCUUCCAAGAGUUUUUUGCAGCUCUCUUCUAUGUCCUAGAGGAAGAUAAAGAGACAAAGAAAAAAGUGAACCACUUACUAAAAACUUAUGGAACAUCUAAAAACAAGUAUUUGAUGUUAACAGUACGUUUCUUAUUUGGUCUCUUAAAUAAAGAGAGACGAAAUGACAUAGAGAAAAUGUUAAAUUUUAAAACAACCCCUAAAAUAAAGCGGGAUUUAUUGAAGUGGUUUGAAGCAGAAGCUAAAAACAUCUCCUCUCUGCCCUAUAAGACCCAUGAGGAAGUGUGUGACCAGCUUGAGUUGUUUCACUGUUUGUAUGAGAAUCAGGAAGAAGAGUUUGCAAAACGCGCAAUGGAUAAUUUCCAAGAAAUUAGACUGGAACACAUCAGGCUUACAACAAUGGAUGAAAUUGCUCUUUCAUUCUGUGUAAAGAACUGUUGUAGUAAGCAGUCACUUUACCUAUGUAAUUGUACACUUGGGAUUGGAGAACAAGAAGAAGGAUGGAGAGCAAAGCUACGGAAACGAUUAUUUCCUCUGCACCCACAUAUAAAAGAUCCGAGAACUUCAACUGCAUACUCAUUGUUGCAAGGACUGAAGGAUCCUAAUUGUAAACUGAAGGCAAUAUUCUUGUCCAGCUGCAAACUCUCAUCUGCUUUCCCUGAGGACCUCUCCCCUAAGAUCCUCUUUACAAACCGGUCCCUGGAAAAGCUGGAUCUGAGUGCUAACACACUGGGAGAUUCAGGACUGAAACAUCUGUGUGAGGGACUGAAACAUCCACAGUGUAAUCUGCAGACACUGCUGUUGUGGCAGUGCAGUCUCACAGCUGUUUGCUGUGGGGAUCUCUCUGCUGCCCUCAGUACAAACCAGUCCCUGACUGAGCUGGAGCUGAGUGGGAAUAAACUGGGAGAUUCAGGAAUUAAACUUCUGUGUCAAGGACUGAAACAUCCCAGCUGUAAACUGCAGAAAUUAGUGGUUUGGGAUUGCCAUCUGACUGAUGCUUGCUGUGGAGAUCUCUCCUCUCUGCUCAGCACAAACCAGUCACUGAGAGAGUUGAACCUGAGCAGUAAUAAGCUGAGUUAUUCAGGAGUGAAGCUUCUGUGUGAAGGACUGAAACAUCCAAACUGCAAGUUAGAGAAGCUCAAUUUGUCAGAAAUCCACAUAGAUGAAAUAACAACCAAAGAAUUGGAAGUUUUGCAGAAGAUAAAACCUGGUUUGUUGAUUGUGUAUAAUGCAGCAUUCAGCCAUCAGAACCCAGGUACAAGGACAAGGAGGAUGGAAUGUCUUCUAUCUCAGUGUCAUACAUUCAUCUGCAGACUAACGUCCUGGAGUUCAGAAAUGAUGUGGAAUAUUUUUGUGAUGCACUGUCAGGAGGUUGGACUUGUUCUGCUGUUAAUCAUUGCUACAUAUUGGCUUCACUGAUUGAUAAAAGGCCAUAUAGCGGAUUAACAAAUCUUGAGACAGUUUUUGACUCCCUUAAAGGAAUCUUAAUAGUGUAAAAGAUUUUAAGGGGGAACUGAUUUCCCUUUUAAAGCUGGGGUGUUAAACUCCUGGCCCAUGUGAUGUAUUUUUGUUGCUGCAUCACAUACUUAGAUUCUAUGGUAUCUUAGCUUUUCUUUAUUGACUUUUUAAAAAUAACUUUUUCUUCAAAACUAUGAGAUAAAGAAUUU